UCAAAGCAGCGUUGUUUGGUUUGUGAUUCCUUACUGAGUGGGGCAAGCGAAGCGAGUUUUUGAGUCCGAAGCUCGCUCCCGAGAUCCAAUGGAAAGAGAAGCUGGUGGUGGUGGGUACAUAGGAAGAGGAAGAGGAAGGGAAAGAGGAAGAGGUAGAGGCAGAGGAGAUAGAGGUGGAAGAGGUGGUGCUAGGGGAAGUGCUGCUGGAGAAGGAGCUGGUAGAAGAGGAGGGAGGGGUCCUCCUUGGCAUGGUGCAACUCAGGUGUGGUCGGAACAACAACAACAACAAUCACCACGACCAAGACAACCACAGCCACAUGUGGGUGUUGGUGGUGGUGGUCCUCCGGGGAGUCAAUGGGUGGGUCCCACGUCUGAGGGGUCGAGCUGGGCCAGCAAGGUUGGUGGUGCUAGUGGUAGUGCUAGUAGUGGAGGAAGAGUAGUGACAGGCCAGGGUGAUAAUAAGUGGGUGGAAGUGGGACGCGCUGCCCCAUCUAUUCCUUCUCAGCCUCAGCCUCCUCCUCCUCCUCCUCCUCCUCCUCCUCCUCCUCCUGUCGCUGAUCCUGUUGUUGAAAAAUUGAAAUUAAAAGAAAUUUCAGAAGAUUCAGAUAAGAUUAUCCCUGUAAAACGACCUGACAAAGGAGGCAAGCUUGCUAUACGGACUGUUGGACUUCGUGCCAAUCAUUUUCCUGUCAAAUUCAACCCAAAUACUAUUAUAAAGCACUAUGUUGUUGAUGUCCAACCGGCGGUGCCCCCCAAGAAUGGUCGACCUGUGAGAAUUUCAAAAUCUGUUCUUUCAGUAAUUAGAAACAAAUUAUCUUCUGAUGAUCCUGAACAAUUUCCCUUGUCAAAGACUGUAUAUGAUGGUGAGAAGAACAUAUUCAGUGUCGUACCAUUGCCCACUGGAAAAAUUGAUGUGGAAGUCCAUGCGGGAGAAGACAUGAAGGGUGGUUCAUAUGUAGUUACCAUAAAUCUUGUGAAUGAGAUCAAGUUUGGCAAGUUGAAGGAUUACUUAAAUGAACAGCUCUUGUCAAUCCCCCGAGAUGUAUUACAAGGAAUGGAUGUUGUAAUGAGGGAGAAUCCAUCUAGGUACAUGAUCCCUUUUGGGCGGAGUUUUUUCCCUAGAGAGCCUAGGGAAGGAGAUGAUCUUGGGUGGGGCAUCACAGCAUCUAGAGGAUUUCAACAGAGCCUAAAGCCCACGUCCCAGGGUCUAGCACUGUGUGUGAACUACUCAGUUCUGGCAUUUUGGAAGAAAAUGUCAGUUCUAGAUUUCCUCUGGGAGCAUAUUCCAAACUUUGAUAUAGAUAAUUUCCAAAAGUUUAGGAGAGAUGUAGAGGUUGCAUUGGGGGGACUGAAAGUUACCGUGACGCAUUGGAAAAACAAACAGAAAUACAUAAUUCGGGGGUUAACGAGGGAGAAUACACAUGAAUUUUCAUUCAUUCAGGAGGGCCCAGAUUGCCAGAAUCCACCUAGACAAGUUAGAAUUGUUGACUAUUUCAAGGAGAAAUAUGACAAGGAUAUUAUGUACAAGAAUAUUCCCUGCUUGGAUUUAGGAAAAGCCAAUAAAGAAAAUGCUGUACCAAUGGAGUUCUGCGUCUUAGUUGAAGGACAAAGGUAUCCAAAGGAGCAUUUGAAUAGAGAUGCCGGUAUCAUAUUGAAGAACUUGUCACUAGUGCCACCAAGGGUUAGGGAGAGAGAGAUAUGCAGCGUGGUACUCUCAGAAAAUGGACCUUGUGGUGGAGGAAUGGCUCAAAAUUUUGGAAUGGAAGUAAAUACAAGCAUGACGAGAGUUAGAGGACGUGUUCUUGGGCCACCUGAGUUGAAGCUAGGUGCUCAGAAUGGCAAAGUGAUAAAGAUAACAGUUGACAAAGAGAAAUGCCAGUGGAAUCUUGUUGGAAAAUCGGUUGUGGAUGGCAAAAGAAUUGACCGGUGGGGUGUCAUUGACUUCAGCUCUAAUGAUUAUAAAUCGAGGUUGAAUCCUGAUUUUUUCAUUCCAAAGCUUAUCAAUCGAUGCAUAAAUCUGGGGAUCCACAUGGAGGAGCCUCUCAUAUAUAAGUGCACUUCAAUGAAUAAACUCUCAAGGGUUGAUGUGUUGCUUGAACUACUUGAAAGUGUUAAUGAAGAGGCUUCUAAGAAAGGCAAAGGACAUUUACAAAUUCUACUUUGUGUGAUGUCUAGGAGGGAUCCUGGUUACAAAUAUUUGAAGUGGAUCUCUGAGACCAAGGUUGGUAUAGUGACGCAGUGUUGUUUGUCCACCUGCAGAGCGAAUGACCAGUAUUUUGCAAAUCUUGCUACCAAGAUGAAUGCCAAGCUUGGAGGCAGCAAUGUAGAGCUUAAUGACCCGCUCCCCCAUUUUGGAGGCGAAGGCCAUGUAAUGUUCGUGGGGGCUGAUGUUAAUCAUCCUGGCGCUAGGGAUCUUACAAGUCCAUCCAUUGCAGCUGUUGUUGCUACCAUGAACUGGCCUGCCGCAAAUCGCUAUGCAGCACGUGUCUGCCCACAACCCCAUCGGAAGGAGAGGAUUCUGGAUUUUGGAAAUAUGUGUUUGGAGCUUGUUCAAUUGUAUGCUCAGCGAAAUAAUAAUGUCUUGCCAGACCAUAUUGUGGUCUUUCGUGAUGGAGUAAGUGAGGGCCAAUUUGAAAUGGUUCUCAAUGAGGAGUUGCUAGAUCUGAAGAUGGCACUGCAAAAAAUCAAGUACUCCCCAGUCAUCACACUUAUCGUAGCCCAAAAGCGACACCAGACUCGUCUAUUUCUGGAGAACAAGAGCGAUGGGGGUCCCACUGGCAAUGUUUCUCCUGGAUCAGUUGUGGACACGACAAUUGUUCACCCAUUUGAGUUUGAUUUCUAUCUUUGUAGUCACUAUGGAAGCCUUGGGACAAGCAAGCCCACACACUACUAUGUCCUCUGGGACGAGCAUGGAUUUAGUUCUGAUGAAUUGCAGAAGCUCAUAUACCACAUGUGCUUCACCUUUGCUCGGUGCACUAAACCUGUAUCACUGGUCCCACCGGUGUACUAUGCCGACCUUGCUGCCUAUAGAGGGCGACAAUACUACGAGGCAGUGGUGGAAGGGCAAUCUCCAGCUUCCGCAACAUCCUCUUCUUCAUCAUCAACAUCAUUAUCGCUGUUUUCAGCAGCAUCACUUGAUCCAAAUUUAUUAAAGUUGCACGCAGACCUGGAAAAUAUAAUGUUUUUUGUCUAAACUGCUGUAUCAUGGCCCCAUGUUCUCCUUCUCUUUUCAUAAAGGGGGUGAGGAGAUAGACAGCUACUGUCUUGACAAUGGCCGACGCCCUUCUUUCCUAUGUGAACUAGUAAAGGUGUUUAUGCGUGAAUCUAAGGGGUUAUUAGUUGCUUUUUUUUACUUCUAGUUGAAGGCAAUGGAGAUUGAACCCAGCAAAUGGGUUACAAUUCUCAGUCUGUCAUGCCUUCCGUUUCCUCUAAAGACAGAUGGUUUGUUUGGAUGAUUUAUUGUAAUAAUUUGGUUAUGUUCGAGUCUUAAUAUGUCAUCUCUGUGUUUUUUAUUAGUUGUCAUGGUUUGUGCAGUGGAACCUCACUCAUCUGUGUUUGGGUUUUUGGAGUCAGUGUGGUCUUCUUUAACGUGUUUGUUUUUUUUCUUCUUUUACGCGUUAUGUGACGUGAAAGAACGCAUUGCAAUGAUUU